CAACAGCGUCUACAAAGUCAUGCCAUCCCUAUGCUAUGUUAUUGCUUAUAGGAUUCUUGGUGUAGGGGUGGGCUUUCCGGUAGAGAUUAGCUUGGUGGUUGGGGAAGUAAAAGAUAUGAGAUGAACACAAAUGGCUAAAAAAUAACAGGAUGUGAAUGAGAUGUUGGUCCAAAUCCAUAUGGUGGUACCUGUGAUCAUUUAUUUUUUCAUAUUCUAUCCCAUCGUUCCCACUAUUGCAGUCAUAUUCACUUUGCUGUGCCCCAGGGGAUGACGUGAUCUCAGGCAGGCAAAUCGUAUGAUAAGGGACUUUCAUAAGCAAAACUAAUGGAACAACAGGGGGAAAAAAAGAGCUCUUUAAACAUGAGGGAAAUUUGGGGGAGGUGAAACGGAGAUCCUCAUUUAUCGUUGUUGAGGAUGCAAUAUAUGUGCAUGUUGAGUCACUGUUUUAUGGGGGGGGAAGUGCUGUUGAAUCGAGUUGCUUGGGGCUCAGCACUCAGUGUUGCAACACCCAUAAACUGGAGUGCAACACCCACCAUCUCCUCGUUAAAUCUCAUUAGUUUUGGCAUGGGUGUGGAACACGUCCCCAGGGAGUUUUACGUGGUGCUUUCCACAGCCUGCCCAAGGCCUGUCAGGUACUGGUGGGGAUAAAAUGGCCUGUUUUGAGGUCUAAAUCUCACGUGCUGUGAGGUAUUGGUGUCCCUCUACUGAAAUGUGGAAGGAGAUCUAUGCAGGAAGGAGGACAGCAGUGUGAGGAAGGAGGCCUGGCCUUCACCCUUAAUGGCGGCUGUCAUGGCGGCUUGGUUGCCAUGGGGACAGGGAUAGGGAGGGAGGCCUACAAAAUGGCGCCCGGGGCCCUGGGGAUGCAUCAGACCAUCACGGUGGCAUUCAAACCUACUCACAGCACCCCAGUCUUUGAGGCCAUGAGAGCUUUCCUGAGGAGCUCGGAGGAGUGUUUUCAACUCAAAGAGCGAAGAACAACGAUAGGGAGACACGAAGGGUCAGACAUCGUCCUGAAGGUUUUGCCCACUGAUUGCUGCUGUCAGUCUGCAGGGGCAGAGGAGCACCACGCAGCCCUCGAGUUCACCGGGUGGGAGAGUGGAUUCGUCCUGCAGGACCUCAAUUCCCCUCAGGGCACCUUUGUGAAUGGCUGCCAGGUGCAGAAUGCAGCCGUGCAUGUGAGGCCAGGAGACAUCCUGCGCUUUGGGGCUCAGGGAGCAUCCUUUGAGCUGAUGGUGGAUGGAGUCCCCCAGAAACCCUCCUACCCAUUGGCACAACGCUGCAUGGCAUGGGCUGCAGAACCCCAGCAUGGUGCCCCCCUCCCCUCGAUGCAGUCCCAGCAUCGCUCCAGCAACUGGGUUGGCCCCACAACCCACCCACCACUCCGUAAGCGCCCCAUAAGUGCAUGGACCCGGAGUGCAACCGUGACCACCGCAAUGGAUGUGCUCAACCAGCCACCUGCAGAGAGGCCAGCCUGGACCACCAACUCAAGAAGCAGUGGAAUGGGAGACCCUUUCCUGGGGAUUAAUAGCAUGGAUUGUGCCUUGCAGGAAAAGGACAAAAAGCUGCUGAGCCUGGAAAAGGAAAUCGUCCGUCUCUCUGCUUUUGAAGCAGAAUCAAAGCAGAAGGAUACGGUGAUAAGGGAGCUGCAGGGGGAACUGGCAUCGAUGGCCAAGAGCAUGGAUGCUGUGAGAAAUGACGUGGAGCUGACCCAGAAGCUUCUAACCUUUGAGGGAGAAAUCAGGGCCAAAACAGAAGAGAUCAAAGCCUUAAAGGAGCAGAUCAGCAACCUGCAGAAGGGCUCGAGUGAAGUUUAUAGCCAUUCCCUUCAGGAAAGAGACCUGGAAAUAGGAAACCUGAGAAGAGAAAGUGAGAAGCUAAAGAGGGAUCAUGCUUUGAUUACAGGCCUCGUGACCAGCCUGCAAAGGGAGAUUGCUGUGAAAGAACAGAAAAUUCAGCAGCUCAAGCAGGAGGUGGAAAAAACAAAGAAGGCAAACAGAGAAAAGGACAACCAGCUGGCAGCCGUGUCUGCCAAGUGCUCUAGAAUUAAAGAGGAAAUGAAGCGUGAACUUGGAGAGAGGGAAGUGGCUGCGUACCAAAAACGCAUUGGAGAGCUGGAAUGUGAGCUGAAGGGAUUGCAGGAAGAGGUUCAGAAGUACAACACUGAGCAGAAAGCCAUCCAAACACAGCUGGCAGAUAAAACCAAGGUUGAAGAGGAGCUGAAAAGCACCUGUAGAAGGAAAUCCCUGCAGCUUCAGGAGAUGGGGCGCAGGGAGCGCCUGCUGAAGUCUGAUAUGGAUCGAGCCCAAGGACAGCUGGAGUCUUUCAAAAGCCAAGUGAUGCGAGUGUGCAGCCCACAAGCAGCAGAAGAGUCAGGGAAGGCCCUCACAAUGCAGCAGGUAGUAGAGAAGGUUCAGCAUAUCUGGGAGGAAAACCAACAGAGUCAGGCACGAGAGAAGUGCCUCCAGGAGGAAAUAAGUUCCAAGGUCUCAAAGGAAAAGGAGAUGACUGAAAACGUGGAGGUGUUCAAAAAAUCACUGUGUGAGCUCCAGGAAUUCCUGAGGGCCUCAUUCUGCAGCAGCAGCCUGAAGAGUGAGCUCAGCAAGCUGGAGGCCAUGCUUGUGGACCCAUUGCUGUUGGACAUACGUGCAGCAGUGGUGGAAAUCACACAUGUGGUCCUGUCAUGGCUGGAGGGAGCAGAACAGCUGCUGGCAAGCACAGGGCUGGAGCUGCCCACCUCCAAACAAGGAUUGACAGCUUGUCUCAAGAGAUUGUUGGAAAAGUAUCACGAAGCUGAACGAAGGAAUGAAAAGUUACAGGCCCAAUUAGAGGAGGUCCAGGAGUCGCGGGAUUCUCUGCUGCAGGAGCGCCUGGAAGAGCUGAAAGCAAAACACGAGCAAGACCUACAGAUAAAAAUCAAUCAGAUUAUAUUGGAAAAGGAGGAGGAGAAGGCAAAGAUUCUGGAGAGCACUGUUCUGAAGGAGAAAGAGAAGCACAAGCGAUGCUUAGAUGAAGAAAAGAAGAGGAUCCAGGACUUGGAGAGCAACCUGAAAAGUAUGGCUGAGAUAAUUGAAGGGAAGUCCAAAGAGCAGGAGGUGAUGGAUCUCAAACUGCAAGAAGCCGUGCAUGACCUAGAGGAAGCCACAACUCGAGAGAUGAGGCUAAAGCAGCAGGUGCUCAUGCAAGACGAACAGCUCAAGAUCCUCCAGAAUGGGAGCAAGGCACUGAAACAGAAAAUGAAGGAAGAAAUAGCAGAAUAUAAAGAGCAAAUUAAGCAACACUCUCGGACAAUUGUUGCUUUAGAAGACAGAUUGCUGGAGGCUGAGCAGCAGCAAAAGGAACUAAAGGAGGAAAAUGAUGUGCUUGUGGAAAGAAUAAAAGGUCUUCAGGAUGAUGCCUCCAGGUCAACAGCAGGAGCUCCCCAGGAAGCCAAAGAGUCUCAUUGCUGUGGUGUAGAAGAGCUGGCUGCCAUGCAGAGCAUUCUCCAGGCAAAAGAGGCUGCCAUUGUGGGAUUAACGAAGCAGCUCUCAGAAACCAGGGCCAGGAUGUCAGACAUGAGAGGAGAGCUCAGCGAGAAGCAGAAGGCAGAGCUGGAGCAGAGCCUGCACCGUGUGAAAAGCCAGGAGUAUGAGCUGGGAAUGCUCAGGGGGAAGGUGUCGGAGAUGUCAGACCUGGUGGCAAAGAAGGAUCGAGAGCUGCAAGCAGCAGCUGCAGAGUUAAGGAAAGCACAAGAAGACUGCAAAGCACUCAAGGAUGCAUCACAACGAAUGGCAGAAGAGCUGGAGAUGCUUUCGCAGGCACAGAAUAUUCCUGCCACACCAAAGGAAUCUUCUGGGCAGGAGCUGGCAUUGGACAUGGCCAACCUGGGUGUGAGAUGCAGAGGGCUCAGGCAUGAGGAGACCAUCCAAAAGCAAAAAGAAGGCUUGGCAGAGCUCCGGGAAAGGAUCAAGGUGCUGGAGAAGACACAGGCUUCUGGUAAGCAUGCUGUCGUGGGCAGGGCCAGCGAGCUGCUCGUGGUACAGAAGGCAGCCCUACCAGAGAAAGUCACCCAGAAAGCAGGACUCAAGGUGGAACCAGCUCCACUGCCAGGUGCAGAAUUCAAGUGCAGCAAGUGUCUGGGCCAGCUUCCUGAUGGGAGCUCACGUGGGGCCAUGAGCAUGGAAGUAUUGGAAGACUCGAGCCUCAGUGAGAGCAUGUACCUUGACUUAAUCUGUGCUCUGGGAAGGCUGAUGAAUAUGAAGGAGCUGGAAGAAAUGCAGCCCAUGGAGCAUCUUCCCCAGGAAGAAAGGGAAAAUGUGGGGCAGCAGAGACGGAGGGACCUGGGGCUGUUGUAUGAGAGGAUCAGCAAGUUGAAGGAUCGCCUGGAAAGGAAGGAGGAAAGGCUCCAAGAGUACAAGACCAGCAUGGAGCAGCUCAGGCUGAACCAAGAGUCCCUGCAAACGUACCGGGAAGAGAUGCUGAGACUGGAAGAUGAAGUCUACAGGGGAGCAGAAGAGAAAGCUCUGCUGAGAGAGGCUCUGGAGAGGAUGAGGGCAGAGCUGGACCAGGAGAAGAAGCUGAACCAGGCAGCAAGGCAGCGCAAGAGCCUUGCAGAGAAUGGGGAGAAGAGAAAAGGGAAGGAGCUGCCCAACCGUGCCUGCUCCUCCAAAGAACGAGGAGGGAAGCCCGGAGCCCAGCAGCCAUCCCUGUUGGUGAAGGUGAAGUCAAAGGAGCGUGUGGUGGGAGAUCUCAAGGCGAUGGGCAGCACGUAGGAGCAGCACCAUGGGGACGUUCUGCUCUCAGAGCUGUACAGCAAGGAUCCUAUGGGGUCAGACAUGGCACCGUGUAGGCAUGUAUCUGGGGGAUGAACACCUAUGUGAGUCCAUCCCACAGUGACCAGGAGCACUGGAAGGACUGUGACAUGCCCAGGGCUGUAUGAUCCUGCAGGAUGUGUACCAUAGAGCUUAGGGAAGUGGAAGAAGACGGGUUGUGUGAAUACAGCCACAAUGUGUGGGUGAAGCUGA